ACCAGUGCCAUGGCUGCUGACAUCACUAUCCGAAGAUACCAGGAAGAUGACAAGGAGACCGUGAAGGAGAUCUUCACCAUGGGGAUGAGCGAGCACGUCCCCUCCUCCUUCAUGCACCUCCUCAAACAGCCCCUGACCCAGAUGAUCCUGAUGGUCACGUUCUGCGCCCUGCUGGCCAGCUCCAAGUCCGUCCUGCUGCCUGUAGUAGGGGUCACUCUCCUCCUGGCCGGGGCCAAGCAGCUGGUGGGCUACCUCUUCAACAGCUACAUCGACACCUCCCUGAGGAAGGACCUCGACCACAUCCAGGAGACCUACCUGGAGAACAAGGACUCGUGUUUCUGGGUGGCUGAGAGCGACGGCCGGGUGGUGGCAACGGUGGCCUGCCUGCCCGCGGAGAGGGAACCAGGCUGCAUGGAGCUGAAGAGGUUGUCUGUACGUCGUACACACCGGGGGAUGGGCAUCGCCAAGGCCCUCAGCAGGACAGUGGCAGACUUCAGCAGGGAGAGGGGCUUCCCUGCGGUGGUCCUCUACACGUCUGUAGUGCAGACUGAUGCACAGAGGCUGUAUGAGAACGUGGGCUACACACGGGUCAGAGAGUUCGUCAUCCCUGAGCCCAUCGCCAAAAUCACCAACUUUACCCUGAUAGAGUACAGACUGGACUUACUGCAGGGGGGGGGGAAUAGGAGGACUGGACUUACUGCAGAGGGGAAAUAGGAGGAGGACUAGACUUACUGCAGAGGGGAAAUAGGAAGAGGACUAGACUUACUGCAGAGGGGAAAUAGGAGGAGGACUUACUGAAGGGGGGAAAUAGGAGGACUGGACUUACUACAGGAGGAAAUAGGAAGAGGACUAGACUUACUGCAGGGGGGAAAUAGGAGGAGGACUUACUGAAGGGGGGAAAUAGGAGGACUGGACUUACUACAGGAGGAAAUAGGAAGAGGACUAGACUUACUGCAGGGGGGGAAAUAGGAGGACUGGACUUACUGCAGGGGGGAAA